AUGUUGGCUCGUACUAUCCAGAGAUUCUCCGCUGUCGCUCAGCGCGGAUACGCCGCCGCUGCUGCAGCUCCAGUCAAGAACGCCAACCCAGAGGAGCUUCGUCUCACUUUUGCCUCUCCAGACACAGCUGUCUUCAGCAACGCUGUUGUCAAGCAGGUUGAUGUUCCCACCUUGGCAGGAAUGGUCGGUGUUCUCGCCAACCACGUCCCAACCAUCGGAGUUCUUAAGCCAGGAGUUGUUGCAGUGACAACAAACGAAGGAACUGUUCAACGCCUUUUCGUCUCCUCAGGAACUCUUUCGGUUAACAUUGAUGGAUCAUGCCAAGUUCUUGCCGAGGAAGUUUUGAAGAUUGAGGACAUCGAUGAGUCAGCUGCACGUGCCGAGCUUGAAUCUGCUCAAAAAGCCUCCGGAGAAGGAAGCGAGGUAGCUCGUGCUGAAGCUCAAAUUCGUGCUGAGGUCGCUGAAGCUUUGAUCAAGGCCGCCACGAACCAACAAUAA